UAGCAGAAUUCCAAUUUGAAAAUAUUUAAAUUAAAAAUAACUAACAACUAAAUCAAUUAUAAUGAAGAGUAUUCAGCAAAAUUUUAGUUAAAUAUAAUUAAAGGGAAUUAGUUUACCUCACAAUAGAAUAAGCUCUCUAUCUCUAUUACUGGUAAAACAUCGGUCUCAAUAAUACCUGAUACGAUGAUACCUUACAAAAUCAAUGUUCAACAAAACGCACAAAGUGUAUGUACAUAAUGUAGGUACAACUAACAACCUACAUAAAUUGUUUAAUUAUUGCCUAUGAGCAAUGAGCAUGUACCUAAGCCAGCAAAUAGAUUAGAAACUGCUCCCUAACUACAUAAAAGUCAAUUCAAGAGUGUUCGACUCUCAAGAAGGAAUGCUUAUUAUGUUUGAACAAACAAUUAAGACCAUUCUCAGUUUAAUUUAAUUUCAAGGCUAUGUUUUAUUUGUUUUUCGUUCAUUUGCCGAUGUCCCAUCCCAUCAGCCUCCAUCAAUAAACGCAUUCAAUGCCAUUUAAGCGAACAACAUUGAGAGUCAAAAGCAAAUUCAAACGUUUUGCCAGUUGUCGUUUUCACCAACUACAACAAAUGCAACCCUGUCAACCCCCGAAAUCAUCCUCCUUUUUGUUCUUGUUUUCCAUUAUAAAUUAAUCUCAAUGUUAACAUUUAUUAUUAACUUAAAAGAAAGAAAGAAAUACAAGCAAAUAACAAAACAAUGUGACUCGGAAGCAAACAGCAGCAAUUCCACUAAAUCAAUUCCACCACCUACAAUGAGCAUGAGUUUAAAUUACAACCCUCUUCUUGAAGAUUGUAAUAAGUACCUGCUACCUGCCAUCUAUUCUUUUACACAAUGAUGGACUACUUCGUAAUAGGUUGCUCAACCAACCUAUUGGUUGCUUUUCAUUUUGUUCCUCAUGCAAUGAAUGAAACACCGUAAAAUACAGUCCUAAAAAACUCAACUCAAUUUUAGAAAACAAAAAUUAUUUUUUUUAAUUAGAUUUGUUAUAAAAAAAAACACUCAACUAGCGAAGCCCCACAAAAACAAUACUGACGACGAUUGUGAACACUACUACUACUGGUGCUGAAAGAAAGGCGCCAGAGAAAACAGUUGACGGUUAGUGUAUUUUUCUAGAAGGAGCGAGGAACAUUUUUUUGGCUACAUUUAGUGAGAGUUCGUUGGACGCGUUAUUCCUGGUGCUUUCUAGAGCGAAUAGUAUAUUCUAUGUAAUGGACGAUUAUCAGGAACAGCAAGAUGUGGUUGGAAAUCAAAUUGUGGGUGCUGUGAAGGUUGGAGGUUGGCGUUACGAAGACCGUUCACGUUAUAUUGGCGAAUGGAAUCAGAGAGGAUUAAGGCAUGGUCUCGGCCAUUUGCAGCUGCCUGAUGGAACGCGGUAUGAUGGCACUUUUCAAAAUGGACUAUGUACGGGAUUGGGUUGUCUGUGGUUCUCCGAUGGGUCCAAGUGGGUUCAAUCAUUCUUUCAUUCCCAUUUGGUCAUGCAUAACUUAUUUGAAACUUCUUCCAGAUACGAAGGGGAAUUCCAUCAAGGUUGGUUUCAUGGUUAUGGAAUAUUUUGGCGUUCAGAUGGUAUGAAGUUUGAGGGCGAAUUCCGCGGUGGACGGAUUUGGGGUCUUGGAUUGGUAACAUUUCAUGACUUUACUCAUGGAUUUCCAAGAAACGAAGGUUAUUUUCAAGACUGCCGACUGAUUCGUAGACGUCGAUGUCCGGAUGUCGUCCAAAAAGCUCAAAAAACAGCACUUAUGGCAAGAUCACAGGUUGAUCAUCCAUACUGAAAUAAAAAAAAAAAAACGGAAGAGAAAAAAUUUUCAUAUUCAAAUAAUCUCGAAUCCAUCCAUAAGGAUAUUUUUUUCAUUUUAUACGAAUUCGGCAUCACUGUGGAUUGUUUACAUUAAUUUAACAGACAACAGUGUUUUUGUUUUGUGUGUUCAAACAUAAAAAGUGUUGUGGUUUAGAUAUUUUUCUUUUUAUUCAGUUCUCUUAAUAAAAAAAUAUUUAUUUUGUCAUUUUAAGUUAUUAAAAAAAAAACUUAAAAAAGUAGUAAUUUAAAAAUAUACCACACACAAU